AUGUCGUCGCCGCAGGUGCAGUCGACCGUUGCGGCGGAGACGGAGGAGAGAGCGGUACAGCAGGAGGAAUGGCUAAGGGAGAUGCGGGGUUCCCUGAUGGUGGUGGCGGUGCUGGUAGCGUCGGUGACCUACACAGCGGGGCUCAACCCGCCGGGGGGCUUCUGGCAGGAGGACAUGGCGGCGCGGCCGGUCAAAGGCGAGCCCUUCUUCCGAGGGCAGGGCCACUUCGCUGGCGAUCCCGUCCUUAGGGACAAGAACUAUAACCGGUUCGCCACCUUCCUCGCGGGGAACACGGUGGCCUUUGCACAGUCCCUCGUCAUCAUCAUCAUGCUCGUGUUCCGGUCCACCUUCCGCGACCACCGCUGGCUGUACCUCCUGCGGGUCUACGUGGUCGUCGACGUGUCGGCGCUGGUCGUUGCCUACGCCGUCGGGUCCACCCGGGAACCCUAUGACGUCUUGUUCUCCGUCUUCAUCCUGGUCGUCUUGACCAUCCUCUGCGCCGCCGCCGCCACCUUCGUCAUACGCUGCCGCCGCUCCCGCCGCCGCCGCCCGCAGCAGUAG